CAAAGCCAUUAAGCAACCUCUUUCUCGGGGCUAGUUUGGAAGUUCGCCGUCUGCGGCCGUUCAGCUGAAGUUGAAUUUGCCGGGAAAAACCGGCUGGCCGGCCGCGCCGGCCGCGCCGGCCGCGCCCGCGUGUGGUCUACGUACAUGUACAUGUACAUGUACAUGGAUGUACGUACACUUCGCUUAUCGGCGUGGUACACGUGUCAUGUCUGUGUAAAUUUAACAUUGGAAGACGUUGGAUGCUACUACAUUGUAGGCCUGUACACCAUUCAAAAUUUUAUAACAAAUCUGUGUGCGACAGCGACAAAUUAAAGAAUCUAGGCAGAUUCAAGAGACCCACUCAAGAUGGUGCCUUGCAAGUCCAUAGUCAGUGCCAUUGUGCUGGUCAUUCUCGUCAUCAGCUGCACCUUCUUCACUGAUGUGGAGGCGGGAGAUAAACCCAAGAAGCUCCAGAUUGGCGUCAAGAAGAAAGUGGAGAACUGUGAGCAGAGGUCCAAAUCAGGGGACACGUUGCACAUGCAUUACACGGGAACUCUACAGGAUGGGACUGAGUUUGACAGCAGUAUACCAAGAGGUUCACCGUUCGUUUUUACCCUUGGUGCUGGCCAGGUGAUUAAAGGCUGGGACCAGGGACUUCUCAACAUGUGUGUAGGUGAGAAGAGGAAACUUGUUAUUCCAUCAGAUCUUGGCUAUGGAGACAGAGGAUCCCCUCCAAAGAUCCCAGGUGGUGCAACCUUGAUCUUUGAAGUGGAACUGAUGAAAAUUUAUAGGAAGAAGGAACUUUAAACAUCUCUUCAGUACAGGUCAAAUUUUUUGGAGUGAAACAAGCAAGAAGUCAGGAUAUUGUAAUACUUUCUAGAGUGCACAAUUUUUGUUUUUACUUAACUUAAUCAUGUCUCCUGGAUUUGUAAAAUAACAAUCGUGACCUAAUCUUUUCUGUUACUCGCCCUUACAUGUUGGUUCUGUUAUUGCCUUCACUGACCCUCUGUGGAUAUGAUGUUCAGACCCUGCUUGAUUAUGUCGCUUAAAUCAAGAUUAUUUGCCAAUAAUCGACUUUCUUCCUGAAAUUAAGGCUGUGGCCGAUACAGGCUUCCAGAGCUAUGGCUUGGUCUUUUGUCCGUGGGUCGCUGCCUGUUUCUAAGGAGACCUAGCCAUAGACAGUAAAUUUGGAUGCAGCCUGAGACUGAAGUACGUUUGAUCUGAUCCGAAUUCAGAGGUGGCGUUGUGAUGGAAACAGUUACAUAAGCCACUGCUGUGUAAAUCCAGAAUGAAUAAAAAAUCAACUGAUCCCAGAGCAGUACCAGUCAUUUGUUUAUUCAUGAAAACAUCUUGUCAACAGUCAUGAUUACAUAGCGAUUUUGGGGUUCUCAAAAGAUACUACAUAAAGUUCAACACCUUGAAAUCACUUUCAAAUCGCUAAAAAACAUGCAUGACCAAACCACUUUGAAGCAACAUGCAAUAUAAAAAUUACAUGAAGUAGUUUACAACAUGAAGCAAUAAUUCUUGAUAUUGAAUUUGUUAUUUUCAUUAUAAUAAAGGAAGAUCAGAUACAUGUUUUAAUGUG